CAUGGCGGCGACCGGACCCGCCUCCGUGGGUGCCGGAGUCAUGUGACCCACACAAUGGCUGAGCGCCUACUCCAGGCUUCCCGGCAACGCCGAGUGAAAGCCAUGACGGCCGCCGCGGGUUCGGCGGGCCACGCCGCGGUGCCCCUGCUGCUGUGCGCGCUGCUGGCGCCCGGCGGCGCGUACGUGCUCGACGACUCCGACGGGCUGGCCCAGGAGUUCGACGGCAUCGGCGCGGUCAGCGGCGGCGGGGCAACCUCCCGACUUCUAGUAAAUUACCCAGAGCCUUAUCGUUCUCAAAUACUGGAUUAUCUCUUUAAGCCAAACUUCGGUGCCUCUUUGCAUAUUCUAAAAGUUGAAAUAGGUGGUGAUGGGCAGACAACAGAUGGCACCGAGCCCUCCCACAUGCACUAUGCAUUAGAUGAGAAUUAUUUCCGAGGAUAUGAGUGGUGGUUAAUGAAGGAAGCUAAGAAGCGGAACCCUAAUAUUACACUCGUGGGGUUGCCAUGGUCAUUCCCUGGAUGGCUGGGGAAAGGUUUCAACUGGCCUUAUGUAAAUCUUCAGCUGACUGCCUACUAUGUCGUGACCUGGAUUGUGGGCGCCAAGCAUUAUCAUGAUCUGGACAUUGAUUAUAUCGGAAUUUGGAAUGAGAGAGCAUUUGACAUCAAUUAUAUCAAGGUGUUAAGAAAAAUGCUGAACUAUCAAGGUCUCCAGCAAGUGAAAAUCAUAGCGAGUGAUAAUCUCUGGGAGCCUAUUUCUGCUUCUAUGCUGCUUGAUUCUGAGCUCUUGAAGGUGAUUGAUGUUAUAGGAGCUCAUUACCCUGGGACCCGUACAGUAAAGGAUGCUAGGUUGACUGAGAAGAAGCUUUGGUCUUCUGAAGAUUUUAGCACUGUAAAUAGUGAUGUGGGUGCAGGCUGCUGGGGUCGCAUAUUGAAUCAGAAUUAUAUCAAUGGCUACAUGACUGCCACGAUUGCUUGGAAUUUGGUGGCUAGUUACUAUGAACAGCUGCCUUAUGGGCGUUGUGGGCUGAUGACUGCUCAGGAGCCAUGGAGCGGGCACUAUGUAGUAGAAGCUCCUAUCUGGAUAUCAGCUCAUACCACUCAGUUUACUCAACCAGGUUGGUAUUACCUGAAGACAGUUGGCCAUUUAGAGAAAGGAGGAAGCUAUGUAGCUCUGACAGAUGGCUUAGGUAACCUCACCAUCAUCGUUGAAACUAUGAGUCAUAAACAUUCCAUGUGUAUACGGCCGCUUCUUCCCUAUUUCAAUGUGUCACAACAAUUUGCUACCUUUGUUCUUAAGGGUUCUUUUAGUGAAAUACCAGAGCUACAGGUGUGGUAUACCAAACUUGGAAAACCAUCGGAGAGAUUUCUUUUCAAACAGUUGGAUUCUCUAUGGCUUCUUGACAGCGGUGGCAGCUUCACCCUGGAACUGCAAGAGGACGAGCUGUUUACACUCACCACGCUCACCACUGGCCACAAAGGCAGCUACCCAUUGCCUCCAAAGUCCCAGCCCUUCCCCUCUGUCUAUAAGGAUGACUUCAAUGUUGAUUACCCAUUUUUCAGUGAAGCUCCGAAUUUUGCUGAUCAGACUGGUGUGUUUGAAUAUUUUAUGAAUACUGAAGACCCUGGAGAGCAUCGCUUCACACUGCGCCAAGUUCUCAAUCAAAGACCCAUUACUUGGGCUGCUGACGCAUUCAACACCAUCAGUAUUAUAGGCGAUUACAAAUGGUCCAAUCUGACUGUAAAGUGUGAUGUGUACAUAGAGACCCCUGAGAAGGGAGGUGUGUUCAUUGCUGGAAGAGUAAAUAAAGGUGGUAUUUUGAUUAGAAGUGCCAGGGGAAUUUUCUUCUGGAUUUUUGCAAAUGGAACCUACAGAGUUACAGGUGAUCUAGAUGAGAGCGGGGAGGUGUGAUAAACAGUGGAAAAUAGGCAGAGAAUCUGCGAUGGUACCAGCCAACCACCAGUCCGUGGGAUGAUGGCGUAUGUCUGGAAAAACCCACACGAGAACCAUCAGCAACUGACUUUAUCACCCCUUUAUUUUAUUUUAUUUUUAAUUUUGUUCUUUUAAACUCAGGAGUAAUUGGUAAAGUCAGUACUUGAACUAUUUUUUUUUUCAAGUUUUGUUAAACCAAGAUUCUAAUUGGAGCUUAUAAGCAAAGUGACAUAAAUUUAUUUUGGAUGCUUAAGGAUGAUUUGGUUUCCAGCUGUAAGCACAAGGUUUUAGAAGUUGGUUUCCAUGACUCUUUGUCAGAGACGAUACCACUUGAGUAUCAUGGUGCUUUAGUAUCAUGGAGAUCUAAAAAUAUUUGUCAAAAUUAUUGGUUGAUUAUGAGUUAUUGAUUGACAUGCUUCCAAGGGGUGCUGGGUAGGGAAAUUCUUCUGUAUAAUUUUUUUAAUGUUUAAGUCUUUAAUCCAACUGGAAUUUAUUUGUGAAUCAUAAAGAGAGGCGCCUAACAUAAUUUUUUUUAAAACAAGUAGAUAGCCAUCAUUAUUACACAGACUGUCCUUUUUCCUGUGAUAUAAAGGCCAUGUUUUUGAUAUAACAAAUCAUCACGUGUACAUAGGCUUAUUUCUGAGCUUUUUUCUGUUUAAUUGCUGUUUGUCUGUUAUUAUCCAAAAUCACACUUUAAAUUGUUUUUGCUUUCUAAAAUCUUUGAUUACAUGGUUUACUCCCUUACUUCCUUCAGAGUUCUUUCCUGACCACCUUGUAUAAAAUAGCACCCCAUCACACUCUCUGCCCCUCUUCCCUUCCUUGAUUUUUCUCUAAAGCUCUUAUUACCUCCUGACAUCAUACAGGGUUGGAGGGUAAUGAACUGGGAGAUUGGGAUACCAAAUUGUACGCUCUAAAUAUAUGCAGUUUAUUGUAUGUUAACUGUAUCUCAAUAAAAGUUCUAAAAAAAAACACCUCUAUUUCUUUUUCAAAAUUACCUUUGCUAUUACAGUGUAUUUACUCUUCUAUUUGAAUUUUUAAAACAUCAUUUCAGUUCCAUGAAAAAUGCUGCUAGUAUUACACUGAAUUUAUACAUCAGUUUGGGAAAAAAUAAUAUAUUCUUCUAGAAUAAUGUGCAGUGGUUGGGACUUUGCCUUCCAGUGCAGGGGAUGUGGGUUCAAUCCCUGUUUGGGGAGCUGGAAUCCCACAUGCCUUGGAGACAAAAACAUAAAACAGAAGCAAUAUUGUAACAAAUUCAAUAAAGACAAAAAAAAAAAAGAAAAAUGUGUUUCCCCAUUUAAGAACAUGGUAACAAGAACAUGCUGCAUCUCACCAUUUAUUAAGAUCUCCCACUAUGUCCUUCAGUUUUAUUUUUGUAGAUCUUGCACAUUACUUGUUAGGCUUAUUUUUAGUAAUUUAUGAAUUUUUUUGAAAUUUUAAAUGGGAUUUAAAAGAUAAAUUUCCUUAACUUUAUGAGAUAUUUUACAUACAUGGUUAAAAAAAAUCAGAAGGGCUAAUCGAAAACAGCUGCUUCCUGCCUCUCUGCUUGUUCCUUCCUCUGCACCCCAUUUUGUGUUCGACUCCUCUGACACAGCCACUUUGAACAAUUUCAGUUGUUUUUUUCUGAUGAGUCUUUUAUGUAAUGUGAUUCACUACUUUUAGAAAUUAGCUCUGGUCUUGCUACUGGGAUGGGUGGGGAUUUUGCUGACAUACGCCCACUUCAUCCCCUACCCCAUUGUUUCUUGUUCUAUCAGCGCUGGGCAUUCUGCUUCUCCCUUGCAUCUCAACUCUGUGCACAUCAUUCAAAGUGGUCUGUGAGGCACCCAUCAUCACAUCAGUCUGUUUUAAUUCUUCACAUGCCACUUAUUGCUUAGCUCUUAUUUAUCGUGUGUGUUUGUGUGUCUCCUACUAGAAUGUAAGCUCCAUAAGAGCAGGGACCUUGUCUUUCUUGUUCAUCCUAAAUUCCCAGUGCAUUAAAUAACAUUUGGCAUAUAAAUAUUUGUUGCAUAAAUGAAAAACAGACAUCUUUUAUGAUGUUCAUUUUCUAAAUUACUGCUGAUAUGAGGAUUUUGAACAUUGGCCAUUUUUGAAUUCUUCUCAGCACACAUCAGAUGCUUUAUCUCAGCACUGUUGUGUGGUAGUUAGAACAGUAAGUUUUGAAGUCUAUUAUGUGUCACUUGCAGAUAUUUUAUGUUGCUCAGCUUCUGUUUUCUCAUCGUAAUAUCAUGAAGAUAGUAUGCAGAUCGAGAGGUAUCAUAUCUAUGAAAGUUUGCUAUAGUACCCAAUAUUUGGUAAGCACUUAAUGAGUCAAUAUUCUUAGGAGUAGGUGUGUUAGGAAUCAGAUCGAUUAGCAUUUAUGUUUCCUUACUGAUACAUACUGAGACUUCCAGCAAGUUGUUUCACAUUCUUGAGUCUCUCUUUCCUUAUCUGUAAAAUGGAGGUAAGCUCUGUAGGUUGUUUUAGAGUUAGAUGUUUCUUAUUUUUCACUUGACACAUUUUUAUUAGGCAUCUGUUAUAUGCGCUUUUCUAACUACUAGGGAUACAGCAGUGAACAAGACAGACAAGGCUCCAGCUCUCUCAGAGCCUGUAUUCUUCUAGGACAGGGGUUAGUAAGCUUUUUUUUUUUUCCUGUAAAGAGCCAAAGAGUAAAUAUUUUAGGUCCUGUUGUUUAUGUUGCAGUUAUUCAGCUCUGCUUUUGUAGUGAGAAAGGAGCUGUAGACAGUAGGUAGAUGAAUGGGGGUGGCUGUGUUCCAAUAACAUUUAAUUUAUAAAAAUAGGUGGCUGGCCUGUGGGCCAUAGUUGGAUGACUCCUGCUCUAAAUAAACAAAUAAAAAGUUAUGAAGGAAAAAUGGGAUAAUGAAAUAAAGUAGCUUCUCUGCCAGAUUCUCUAGACGGAGAGGUCAGGGAAGGCCUCUUGGAGUUGGUGAUGCUCGAGCUGAGAUCUGAGUUGUGGGAAGAGCAGUCUGGGCAGAGGGCACUGCUGUAACUGGCCUUGUGUGAGGAGCAGCCAGAGGGUGGGUUGGCUGACGCCUGGCGGGGUGAGGGUCGGGGGAGGAUGAGCUUUUGUGCUUAAUAUGAUUUGUGAGCAUAAGCUCCUUGGCUCAGUGUUAAUAUUCACUGUUCCCUAAGUGGGAAGAGAUGUUCAAAAGUACUUUUAGAGCUGAAGAUAGCUGUGCAGGUAUGUAGUAACAUGCAUGUAUGUGGCUCUGAAUGUGGAGCUAGGCAACUCAAAUUCAAGUCCUGGUGUUGCUAGUAAAUCUGUGACUUCGAUUUUCAGUCUCAUUAAGUUGCAGUUCCUCCAUCCAUAAAAUAAAGGAACUAAAUGAAGGCCCAUUCCAUUAUAAUUCUAUGACUUAAGAGCAGAUUUUGUUUUGAUUCUUGGCCUAGUGCUUUGGAUCUUUCGCUUUUCACCCUUUGAAAUGAGCUAGUUUUCAGUGUAGCUGGAACGAGUGCGCUGUGGAUGUAUGCCCGUAAGCAUGCUGUAAUAAUGAUAAUAUGAGCUGUGUUACCAGGCACUUGACUAAGUAGGAAUGGCAGCUGUCUGAGAAAGAUGUUAUUUUUAUCUUUCUCUGUCAGUAACCAGUAACUUGUUCCUGUGGGUAUUUCUUUUCUUCCAUCCACUCCCCACUGCCCCUCCCCAAUCAUCAAUUUACCUAAUGGUUACUGCUUUUCCAUCUUAAGGGUAGGCUCUUGAUAUGACUUUGAAGUGAUAUUCUGUACAUGAGGAUAAAACAAUAAAAUAAAGGUUAAUUACUCCUCUCCCAGCUGGGUUGAGUCUCCCUAAUGAAGACCUUAAAUAAACAUUUUGACCCCAGCAGUCCUGUCUGAAGAGCUAGUUGGUGGCUGUAAGCUAUCAAUACAAUGCAUGUACAUGCCACGACAUGUAAAUAACAAAUAUAUUUUUAUUUUAGUGAGAUUUUAUCUAAAAUUUUAUCAUAAUGUUAUGAAAAGUGUUACAUUUCUGCAGGUGUUACAGCAUUUUGGUGGAGUACAAGGAAAUGUUGAGGUAUUCUUGUGCCUUGGAAACUUUAUAUAAAUAGAUAAGAAUUUCCUUUGAGAAAAUUUUUCCUAUAUUUCAAACUUUUGCUCAAACUUGUGGAAUCGUGUUGCUGUGGUAAAUCUUAAGUGAGAAGGAUAUUUGUUGCACUAAGUAGGUGGGCCAUACAUUAAGAAAUAGGCUUCAGAGGAUCAUUUUCAUGUGUCUUUAA